CAUUUAGAUUUGCAGCUUACAGCCAAGCCAACUCGUCUCUGCGGGCACCGUCCAUUGCUCACAAUCUGUAAACAACCGUCAUCGCAUCACGGCAUCGUUCUCCCUUUCUUUUCAAAGAAGAUACACUGUUGUGUUCCCUAGCAAUUACAACUCUCUAUUCCUGAGCUAAAUUCUUUAGAAUCGGGAAAUGGUUAAGAGGUAUGGAGUGUUUUGAUGUGCAGGAAAUAUCAUGUUGCCGUGCAUAGAGGGAUUCAAGCAUUUAUUUGCUUCCCUAUUGCGUUGUUGUGAUUUUGAUUUGUACAAACAAACAAGAGGCCUUGAAAAUCCAGAACGUCUUGCUGGAGAGACAGUGUUCAGUGUAAGUGAAGUAGAGGCACUUUAUGAGCUCUUUAAGAAGAUCAGCAGUACUGUUAUUGAUGAUGGGUUGAUUAACAAGGAGGAGUUUCAAUUGGCAUUGUUCAAGACAAACAAAAAAGAGAGCUUGUUUGCUGAUAGGGUGUUUGACUUGUUUGAUACGAAACAUAAUGGCAUACUAGGUUUUGAAGAGUUUGCCCGUGCUCUCUCUGUGUUUCAUCCAAAUGCUCCUAUUGAUGAUAAGAUCGAGUUUUCUUUUCAACUCUAUGAUCUGAAGCAGCAAGGCUUCAUCGAAAGGCAGGAGGUGAAGCAAAUGGUGGUGGCUACCCUUGCUGAAUCUGGAAUGAACCUGUCAGAUGAUGUUAUAGAAAGUAUAAUUGACAAGACCUUUGAAGAAGCUGAUACAAAACAUGAUGGGAAGAUUGAUAAGGAAGAAUGGAGAAGCCUUGUUUUGCGUCAUCCAUCCCUUUUGAAGAACAUGACACUGCAAUACCUCAAGGACAUUACCACAACAUUCCCAAGCUUUGUUUUCCAUUCACAAGUUGAUGACACCUGAAGUGAGAAUGGCGAUCAUGGUCGAUCAAACUCGCAUUGCUAGAAUUUUCGUUAUGGUUGAUUUGUUUAGAUUUGUUUCUAGAUAAUUUGGCCUGCUUGCAUAUAAGGGGCUGGAGAGUGAGUUUCUUCAAUAUUUUUGUUUGUUGCGUGUAUCCUUAUUCUACUACUACUACUAAGUUUUUGCAUUUUUCCCGGAACAUUGAUCUCUAUCUCCUUGUAUGGGUUCAUUCAUGAUGAAUUUUGCCUUUCCCUGCCCUCAUUAUGUUAAUUCUUA